UUUGCUCUUGAUUGACAAGGAACUUCAGCUGUUGAAGCCGUUUUCUUUAACGUAUCUGAGAUUGAAGAACAACACUUGAAUCAUGCAGAUUUCAAAAAAAUGAAUCAACCGAAGUUCCUAAAUGUUGAUAAUUCUAGCUGUGGCCAAUUAAACUUUUCUCUAGAUCUUCCCAAUUCUCUUUGUUAUCUUUACUGCUGUGGAUUUCCUUUCAAAUCUUUGCCGUCAAAAUUUUCUCCAGAAAAUCUUGUUGAGCUUCGAAUGCCCCACAUCCUAGUUGAUCAACUUUGGAAGAAAGGCCAGAAUCUUAUGAGCUUAAAAGUGCUUGAUCUUAGUUACUCUAGCAAUUUGACUGAAAUUCCAAAUCUCUCUCAGUGUUUGAAGAUUGAGUAUCUAAAUCUUUUUGGUUGUACAAGUUUGGUUGAAAUUCCUUCGUAUUUUCAAUUUCUAGACAAGCUUACUUAUGUUCAACUGGGAUGGUGCAAGAGUCUCAAUUAUCUCCUAGAGAUGCCAGGCAAUAUCGAAUUCUUAAGUUUACAAAGCUCUGGUAUAAAGGAGUUGCCAUUAUCAGUUUGGUCUAAUGAAAGAAUUUCUGAGUUUAAUAUUGAGGAUUGUAAAGAACUUGAGAAACUUCCAAGCAGCACUUGUAAUCUGAAAGUCUCUGGUACUUUUAGUCUAGAUCACUGCUUAUCUCUUGGCGAGUUUUCCGAGCUUCCCAAGGAUAUUAGUGUGUUAGAUUUGGCUAGGACAUCAACAAAAUUAUUGCCUGUAUCAUCAAUGGCGCACCUCUUUAGUCUCACUACAGUUAAACUAAAGGAUUGCCAAAAGCUUGGGAUUCUCCCAAUUGGCAUUUGCAAGUUGAAUUCUCUUAAGGAACUCGAUCUCACUGGUUGCUCUAGAUUUAAAUACUUCCCAGUCAUCUUGGAUCCAAAGGAACAUUUGGAGUUUCUUAGUUCAGAAGAAACAGCUAUUAAAGAGCUACACUCAACAAUCGAAUUUCUCCCUGUUCUCAAAACAUUUCAAUUAAAAGGUUGCAAAAGGCUUGAAAGUCUCCCAACGAGCAUUUGUAAGUUGAAAUGUCUUGAGGGACUUGAUCUCUCUGGUUGCUCUAGAUUCGAAUACUUCCCAGAAAUAUUGGAGCCAAUGGAACAUCUGGAGUUUCUUUGUUUCAAAGGGACUGCGGUUAAAAAGCUUCCUUGUUCGAUUGAUAAUCUAAUUGGGCUUCAAACAUUAGAUCCCAUCUUUGCGGGAACUUUGAGGUUGUCCCAAGCAGCAUCUACAAUUUAAAAAAUCUUGUAACUCUCAACUUUUAUGCCUGUCAGAAACUCAAAGAAUUACCUUUCGGCACUGUCAGUUUGAUAUCUUUGGAAGUACCAAACCUCAGUCGCAGUGGUAUAUCAGAAAUCCCUGAUGGUCUCG